AUGAUGUUCCCCGGCCUCCUCGCGCCCCCAGCCGGGUACCCCAGCCUCUUGCGCCCCACGCCCACCUUAACAUUGCCCCAGUCCCUGCAGUCGGCAUUUUCCGGCCACUCGAGCUUCCUGGUGGAGGAUCUGAUCCGCAUCAGCCGACCCCCCGCCUACCUGCCCCGCAGCGUGCCCACCGCCAGCAUGUCGCCCCCUAGGCAGGGGGCCCCUGCGGCUCUCACAGACACAGGGGCCUCGGACCUGGGCUCCCAGGGUUCAGGCAGCCGGCGUGGCGGCUCACCGCAGACGGCCGUCUCCCCUGCCAGCGAGCCCACGUUUCUGAAGUUUGGAGUGAACGCCAUCCUUUCUUCGGCGCCCAGAACUGAAACGUCCCCCGCCUUGCUCCAGAAUGUCCCUCCCAAGACCUUCGCCUUUCCCUACUUUGAAGGCUCCUUCCAGCCUUUCAUCAGAUCUUCUUAUUUCCCAGCGUCCUCCAGCGUCGUGCCCAUCCCGGGGACCUUCUCCUGGCCACUGGCUGCUCGCGGCAAGCCUCGUAGGGGCAUGCUGCGUCGAGCCGUGUUCUCCGACGUGCAGCGCAAGGCGCUGGAGAAGAUGUUCCAGAAGCAGAAGUACAUCAGCAAGCCCGACCGCAAGAAGCUGGCGGCCAAGCUGGGCUUGAAAGACUCACAGGUGAAAAUCUGGUUCCAGAACCGACGCAUGAAGUGGCGGAACUCCAAGGAGCGCGAGCUCCUGUCUAGCGGGGGCUGCCGCGAGCAGACCCUUCCCACCAAACUCAAUCCGCACCCGGACCUCAGCGACGUGGGCCAGAAGGGUCCCGGGGACGACGACGACGAGGAGGACGAGGGCCCGGGCAGCCUCCGCCACCGCCUGGUCUAUCAUCCCCCGUCCCCCGACCCUCGGCACCUGCGGGACCCGCGCCUCGAAGGGCCGCUGCCCCACUCGCCCGCGCACUCUGGCAGCCCCGACAAACCUUCGGACUUCUCCGACUCCGAGGAGGAUGAGGAGGCCGAGGAGGAGGAGAUCACCGUAUCUUAG